AUGGGUUGUGCACCUUCUGUAUUAAACUCUGAGAAAUGUGAAAUAAAUUACAAGGAUGAUAUAAUAUUCUCAGAUGAUUUUGAAAUGGUUGAAGAAACUUGUGCUAAUUUAAUCAACAACAGCAUUCAAGUAAAUUAAAGUGUACUUAAUAAAAAAACCUUUUAUUAAGAUGAUGAAGAUGAUGUUUGUAUAGUCCAAUAAUAAUUACAAAAUUAAAAACCCUUCACCAAAAAAUCAUGUUUAAAAAAAAAUGAUAGAACGUAAAAAAUUGAUUAAAAAGAAAAAAAAGUAAGAUUUUGCAAGACUUAUUAAAUCUUUAUAAAUGGUGUAAAAAUUAUUUUCAAAAAGAAGAAUAAAAAAAAGAGACAAAAAUAAUAUUAGAAGUCGAACCAAUACUUUUGA